CCCUCUUAUAUAUAACUCUUCUCUGAUCUCUCUCUUUCUCCUCCAUAGCUAUUUCUGUCUUUGUUCUCCAGAUCACUCACAUUCCCUUUCUCUUCUUCAGUUCCAUGAAUAUUUACACAUUUUUUCUCUGUAAAACCUAAAACAAUCGCGAAAGGCCAAGAAAAGGAAAAGGAAUAUUUCUCUAUCUCUCUUUAUUUCUAAGUUUAUCGAAGCUUAUUUUCGGAGAGAGUUAUUUAGAGUGGAAGAGAGAUAGAGAGAGAUAGUGAGGUAGUAGUAACGAAGAGAAUUUGCUGUAUGUCAGUAGAUUGUGUUGAGACUUACGUUGGUGGAAUAGGCGAGCUCGCGAACCCUCUGCAAUGGCCUCAACUCCGAAAAAGACGACGCCUCCUUCUUCAUGUUGCGUCUCUGAGAGCGACUCGACUACCGCUCGCCGUGAGGCCGCUCCUGUGCCGUCAUCGGUGGUGGCUAAUGCGGUGCAAGAUUGGAGCGAUCGCCGUCGCGACGAUCAGGUUGGCGAGAAGGCUGCCAUCUCGACCUUAAUUCGCCCUGUUGAUUCGGUAUCCGAACCUUCCACGAACGCCACAACCAAAGCUGCCAUCCCAGUCAUGUUGAGGGCCCAAACCAGGCAUCCAUUGGAUCCUUUAUCUGCUGCCGAAAUCUCUGUUGCAGUGGCUACUGUCCGAGCUGCUGGAGCUACUCCUGAGGUCAGAGACAGCAUGCGUUUCAUUGAGGUAGUGCUUGUGGAACCAGAUAAAAACGUUGUUGCAUUGGCAGAUGCAUAUUUCUUCCCUCCUUUCCAACCAUCAUUGCUUCCCAGAACAAAAGGUGGACCUGUGAUUCCUACCAAGUUGCCUCCAAGGAGAGCUAGACUUAUUGUUUAUAAUAAAAAGUCAAAUGAAACAAGUGUAUGGAUUGUGGAGCUGUCAGAAGUACAUGCAGUAACUAGAGGUGGACAUCACAGGGGAAAAGUAAUUUCAUCACGAGUUGUUCCAGAUGUUCAGCCUCCAAUGGAUGCUGUUGAAUAUGCUGAAUGUGAAGCUAUUGUAAAAGACUUCCCUCUAUUUAGGGAGGCAAUGAAGAAAAGAGGUAUCGAAGACAUGGAACUUGUUAUGGUUGAUGCCUGGUGUGUUGGUUAUCACAGUGAUGCUGAUGCUCCUAGCAGAAGACUUGCUAAACCUCUUAUUUUCUGUAGAACAGAGAGUGACUGCCCAAUGGAAAAUGGUUAUGCACGCCCAGUGGAAGGCAUCUAUGUGCUUGUUGAUAUGCAGAACAUGAAGGUGAUUGAAUUUGAAGAUCGUAAACUGGUUCCCUUACCUCCAGCUGAUCCAUUAAGGAAUUAUACUCCUGGUGAAACACGGGGUGGUGUUGAUAGAAGUGACGUGAAACCUUUACAAAUAGUUCAGUCUGAAGGUCCAAGCUUUCGUGUCAACGGGUACUUUGUAGAAUGGCAAAAGUGGAACUUUCGUAUUGGAUUCACUCCUAGAGAGGGUUUGGUUCUACAUUCUGUUGCAUAUGUUGACGGUAGUAGGGGGCGAAGACCUGUAGCCCACAGGCUAAGCUUUGUGGAGAUGGUUGUUCCGUACGGAGAUCCGAAUGAACCUCAUUACCGGAAAAAUGCUUUCGAUGCAGGGGAAGAUGGCCUCGGUAAAAAUUCACAUUCUCUUAAGAAGGGAUGUGAUUGUUUGGGAUAUAUCAAAUACUUUGAUGCCCACUUCACAAACUUCACAGGAGGUGUUGAAACAAUUGAAAAUUGUGUAUGCUUGCAUGAAGAGGAUCAUGGAAUUCUGUGGAAGCAUCAAGACUGGAGAACAGGUUUAGCAGAAGUGCGAAGGUCUAGACGGCUGACGGUCUCCUUUAUAUGUACAGUUGCUAAUUAUGAGUAUGGAUUCUACUGGCACUUCUAUCAGGAUGGGAAAAUUGAAGCUGAAGUUAAGCUUACAGGAAUCCUCAGCUUAGGGGCGUUGCAACCUGGAGAAACCCGAAAAUAUGGCACAACCAUUGCUCCAGGUCUAUAUGCACCAGUUCAUCAACAUUUUUUUGUGGCCCGAAUGAACAUGGCUGUUGAUUGCAAACCUGGUGAAGCUUUCAAUCAGGUUGUUGAGGUGGAUGUUAAAGUUGAGAAACCUGGGGAGAACAAUGUGCACAAUAAUGCAUUUUAUGCUGAAGAGACACUUCUCAGAUCAGAAUUGCAAGCAAUGGGAGACUGUAAUCCUCUAACAGCUCGCCAUUGGAUUGUAAGAAAUACUAGAACUGUUAAUAGAACAGGACAGCUAACAGGGUACAAGCUUGUGCCUGGUUCAAAUUGUUUGCCAUUAGCUGGUCCUGAAGCCAAGUUUUUGAGAAGAGCUGCUUUUUUGAAGCAUAAUCUUUGGGUCACACCUUAUGCACGUGAUGAGAUGUUUCCUGGAGGAGAGUUCCCUAACCAAAAUCCACGUGUUGGUGAAGGACUGGCUACAUGGGUAAAGCAGAAUCGACCUUUAGAAGAAAAUGAUAUCGUUCUUUGGUAUGUAUUUGGGAUCACACAUGUUCCUCGGUUAGAAGACUGGCCGGUAAUGCCGGUAGAGCGCAUUGGUUUUAUGCUUUCGCCGCAUGGGUUCUUCAACUGCUCUCCUGCUGUGGAUGUGCCACCCAAUGCGUGCGAAUUGGAUGCCAAAGAAACUGAUGUCAAAGAAAAUGGCGUAGGGAAGCCAAUCCAAAGUGGGUUGCUGUCAAAGCUCUAAAGUCCACCUCUAAAACGGAACUCCAUAUCCAGUGGCAUUAUAGCAACUAAGCCAAUGACAAAGAUCAUUGCUAGUCGUUUUUAUUUGGUCCAUCAGGAAACGUCAUCAGGAUUUAUUUCUUUCCACUCUUGGUUUGAUUUGACCUUUUUGUUUAUGUGUCGUGGAUUUUAAUUAUGUUUGGUUUUUUUUAUUAACACGAAUUAAAGAAUGUCUUUUUUUUUAAGGGGUGAAAAAAAAAAAUAAUCAGCAACCACAUCGUACCAUUAUUUAUUAUAAGCAGGCAUUCUGGUUGUUUUCUUGGUUA